GGGGCCGACUGGUGACGCCCCAGAGUUCUUCGCGUGCAGGUGGCAGGGUUGGUUCUGGGAAGGCGGAGCCGAAGUCCAGCGCAGGGGCCGGUGGGCCCUCGGACCCGGAGGCUAUGGCGGUGGCUACCGCGGCGGCACUGCUGGCCGCUCUGGGUGGUGCGCUGUGGCUGGCGGCACGGCGGUUCGUGGGGCCCAGGGUCCAGCGGCUGCACGGAAGUGGGACCCUUGGCCUCAUGCACGGGAAGACGGUGCUGAUAACCGGCGCGAACAGCGGCCUGGGCCGCGCCACGGCCGCCGAGCUGCUGCGCCUGGGGGCGCGGGUGAUCAUGGGCUGCCGGGACCGCGUGCGCGCGGAAGAGGCGGCCGGUCAGCUCCGCCGCGAGCUGCAGGCCGGGGAGUCCGGGCCUGACCCCGGCGCCGGCGGGGCAGGCGAGCUUGUCGUCAGGGAGUUGGACCUCGCCUCGCUGCGCUCAGUGCGCGCCUUCUGCCAGGACAUGCUCCAGGAAGAGCCUAGGCUGGAUGUCUUGAUCAAUAAUGCAGGGAUCUUCCAGUGCCCUUAUACGAAGACUGAAGAUGGGUUUGAGAUGCAGUUUGGAGUGAACCAUCUGGGGCACUUCCUACUUACCAAUCUUCUCCUUGGACUCCUCAAAAGUUCAGCUCCUAGCAGGAUUGUGGUAGUUUCUUCUAAACUUUAUAAAUACGGAGACAUCAACUUCGAAGACCUGAACAGUGAACAAAGCUAUGAUAAAAGCUUUUGUUAUAGUCGGAGCAAACUAGCUAACAUUCUUUUUACCAGGGAACUAGCCCGCCGCUUAGAAGGCACAAACGUUACUGUCAAUGUAUUACAUCCUGGUAUUACACGGACUAAUCUUGGGAGGCACAUACACAUUCCACCGUUGGUCAAACCACUCUUCAAUUUGGUGUCAUGGGCUUUUUUCAAAACUCCAGUAGAAGGUGCCCAGACUUCCAUUUAUUUAGCCUCUUCACCCAAGGUGGAAGGAGUGUCAGGAAGAUACUUUGGGGAUUGUAAAGAGGAAGAACUGUUGCCCAAAGCUAUGGACGAGUCUGUUGCAAGAAAACUCUGGGAUAUCAGUGAAGUGAUGGUUGGCAUAGUAAAAUAGAAACAAUGAGUAAAAGAGCUAUUAUAAAACUGGGUAUUAGUUUUAUCUGUAAUCAGGAAUGGUAUGGCUUGAGCACUUGCCAUUAAUACUUGAAUAAAAAACAAUUUUGGUUUUACCUAGCACUGCUAAAGAGGUACAUAUGGAUAUUUUGAAGUUACUGAAAGGUUAUUUUUUUGCUUAACAAAAUUUCAGCAAAGAUGUUAUAUGUAAUAAGUAUAAUGAGUAAUAAGUAUAAUGAAAAAUACAAUUACAUUUCAAAAAUUAUAACUGGGCAAGCAUGGAUGGCAAAAACUAAAGAAUUUGUUAGCUUAAAAUACUAUCUUGAGAGGUUUUUCAAAUAUCUUAGAGUUUUAUGGCCAAAGUGUUAAAUACUUUUACUGUAAUGCUGCAUUUUAUGUGAAAAUAAUAUACUUGGUGUGUGCACACAAAUCUUACUUGGAAUAAAUCUACUGAUGCAAA